AUGGGUUACGUUCACUAUGGAAGAAACGGUCUCCGCCACAUUUUCAGAUUCAAAUCCACCACCGUCGUCGUCACAAACUCCGCCAGAUCGCAACCGAGGUCACGCACUCCUUUUCUCGGAAACGUUCCUUUCUCCACCACUUCCAACGACAGAAUCGUGCAGGACCUUCUGGCGGAGGUGGAGCGCGACAGACUCAGGGAGCGAAACGAGAGAUUGAGACUCGGUUUGGACACCGCCGACAUUGACGCGGAGUCCGAGCAAGACUACAUGGGCGUGGGGCCCCUCAUCGCGAAGCUUGAGAAGGAGAAGCUGAAGGACUCUGCGGACUUGUACCGCUACGAGGAGCCAACGGACUCCGAUGACGACUCCGACGCAGAAACCAAGGACGAGGUCGACAAGCGCCACAGCGACUUCGAGCGCAAGUUUGAGCGCCAUCAGGACCUCCUCAAGAGCUUCACCGACGCCCAAACCCUCGACGACGCCUUCAAGUGGAUGACCAAAAUUGACAAGUUCGAGCACAAACAUUUUCGCCUCCUUCCGGAAUAUAGGGUUAUCGGCGAGCUCGUGAACCGGCUCAAGGUGACGACGGAGCAGAAGGAUAGGUUUGUUCUGCAGAAUAAGCUUAAUAGGGCGUUGAGGUUGGUACAGUGGAAGGAGGCUUUUGAUCCUGAUAACCCUGCCAAUUAUGGCGUGAUUAAGAAUGAGCAGCCGGAUGCUGCGGCGGCGGAUGCGGAUGCGCGGGAAGACGCUGAGUUGGAGAAGGACAAGCUGAUUGGGGAAGGGGAUAAUGCUGGUGAUGAUGAUGAGGAGGAGUUUGAUGACAUGAAGGAGAAGGAUAAUAUAUUGCUGGCUAAACUUGAGGCUAUUGAUAGGAAGCUUGAGGAGAAGCUGGCGGAGCUUGAAUAUACGUUUGGGAGGAAGGGAAAGGCGCUGGAGGAAGAGAUCAAGGAUCUUGCUGAGGAAAGAAAUGAAUUGACUGAGCAGAAGAGAAAACCGCUUUACCGCAAGGGUUUUGAUACAAGAUUGAUAGACAUGAACCGAACUUGUAAAGUCACCAAGGGAGGACAAGUUGUGAAGUAUACUGCUAUGGUAGCUUGUGGAAACUAUAAUGGUGUAAUUGGUUUUGCAAAAGCCAAAGGCCCUGCGGUCCCAGUUGCCCUCCAGAAGGCCUACGAGAAAUGCUUUCAGAAUUUGCAUUAUGUAGAGCGACAUGAGGAGCAUACAAUUGCCCAUGCAAUCCAAACAUCGUAUAAAAAGACCAAGGUAUAUCUCUGGCCUGCUCCAACUACAACUGGUAUGAAAGCUGGUAGAACAGUUGAAUCUAUACUUCACUUGGCUGGUUUGAAGAAUGUCAAAUCGAAGGUUAUUGGUUCCAGAAAUUCUCAUAAUACAGUCAAGGCUCUCUUCAAAGCACUUAAUGCGAUUGAAACACCAAGGGAUGUUCAAGAGAAGUUUGGCAGGACUGUGGUUGAGAAGUAUCUGUUGUGA